AUGCGCUUCUGCAUUCAUUUCUUAUUAUCUUUCUUGCUUUUCCACAUUCAUCUCGCAACAGACGCACUACCUAGAGUAAAUUCUGAACCAGAAACCCUUGUUAGAACUGCUUCACCAGAUCCACUAAGUCCAAAAAUUAUCAAUAGUCCGCAAGAUAUAGAGGGUAAAGCUAAAACUGCUGCUCAUCUGCAAAGCUUUCGAGGCCAACAACCUGAAGAAACACAAGCGACCGACGAUCCAACAACGGAAAUAUCAUCCAGCCCUACGUAUUCGCAAUCUUCCCCUCGUGAAAGCAUAAAAUCAAAGGAGAAAUAUUAUGAUUUGAACGAGGGAAUUGAACCGGAAUCGGUUUUUCAUGAAAACAACUUAGGACGGACCGUGUUCAUUUUCUGGAAUUGGUUCAAGCAGCUUUGGUUGCGUCUAGGAGACAAAUUUGUUGACAAGUUUUUCAAAAGCGAGCUCAAAAGGAUUUAUAAGACUCCAUCGAAAAAAGGCCUUUAUGAUCCCGUGCCAUUGAACCGCUGGGAUGCUCUAGAUGAGCGUGAAAUGAAAAAUGAAGCGGCUGCACUGAGAAAGAAGCUACUUGAAGAUUUUCGUAGCCAUCCCGUUUUCUUGAAAGAGGAUGAAAAAAUGGUUUCGUCGCCCAAUCUCGUUAGAUUACUGAAAUGGUUUGAGGACUUCAAGGAGCCCAAAGAUUGGACCGAUAGCGACUACGCUCGCAUGGUCACAUCACUUAUAUCCAAAGUGCAGACCGAGGAAAAGUUAGACUCUGAAGAUGUGCUGACGUUGCAGCUGAUCAAGUACCUCGCAUUCUUCAAUCCCAAGGCGCGAGAAGUGUUCAAAACAAAGGCGCGCGGUCACGACCCUGGUGGCGAGGAAGUACCUGUCCCUAGCCUAUGGGGAAAGCUGAUCACUGCAGAUCUAUUAUUUCAAGAUUAUCCACGACAGACUUUGUACCCUCAUAGAUAUCAUGGUUUAUUAGAACAAGUCAGUAUGGAAUGGCGCGAAGAAUUCAGAAGACGAUUUAUAGCGGGCAAGUUAUCCUCUGCCGCGGUCCAGCCUCCCCUUGGUUUUCGAAUGAGGGAAGAAAGGCACCUUCGGAAGAUCGUCGGGGAGCUUCAGGAGCUUCAAUUUAUCACAAAAUGGCCUAUUGAUGGUGAAGGGAUGUACAAUAACCCCGAGAGACUAGUCAAAAAAUGUAUCAAAUUUCUGGCACAACAAGCCCACCUUCCCCCUGAAGUCAAUGAAGACACCAAUCGUCUACAUCCCAUCAAGCUGGUCUAUACAAUUCUUAAUCACGUUUAUGAACAUAGUAAAGGAGAUUCAAACACACAAAUAUUGAUCGAGAGGCUCAUCAAGCGAAACGUUUAUUGCCAAAAAACCAUUUACGCUCACGUCCUUUUGAGACAAAAAUUCACUCCACGCGAGUUCGCUUCGCUGACACUCUUGGAAGAUAUUGGAUUUUACGAUCUCUUGACGCCUGGAAUGAGGAAACGUUUACAAUAUCUCGCGGAGAGGGAAGUGGUGUUAAAUACAUCAAGUGAACUCUACAGAAAUGAGAAGGAAAUCAUUGACUACACAAAAGGCAAAAGGGAGUUACCGCGUCUGGUGACGCCUAGCUCAAAUUAUCAUUUACCAGCUGAAAAAAAUUUGGAUGAAGCAGUUGAGCUCAUUAUUAAACAGUUUGAGCUGAACAGCCAAGAGACAAAAAAAUUAGAAAGUGGCGAGAUAUCUUUAGAAGAACAUGAAGCUCUUUCCUUGCAGCAAGCCGUGCUGGUAGCAGAGCUGAUGAAAGUAGUGUCAACAGGGCCCCGUAUCUGGCGAAAAGUUCGGCAGAGACUUGUCGAAGAUGUGGGACUAAGGGUGAAAAUAUUCAGUCUUCUAAACACAAAGGCAACCUUGAUAUUGGAUGAUAUCAAUGUUGGUAAAAAUGAAGUAAGCGGUUUUGGGCUUGCCGAUUUUAGACACAAAAUGGCAAAAGAAAUCACGGAAUACCUGAAAAGAUCGGCUCUCAUCUCAUCACUGCAAAGUAUAGUGAAUGAUAAACUGAAGAGAAGGCUUAUCGAUCCCGAGGCCGCGGACGACAUCACCGAUUUCUUGUCAAAACUCAGAAAUGCUCGGCUCGAAGUUCAAUGGAGCGCCUUGAAGUGGGGGCUUUACGAUAUAUGUCCCGUGGAAGUAUCUAAGGAAUCACUCAAGCUGAUACGUGAAUACGGCUUUGGUAGACUUCCUGUAGAUAUCCAUGCAAAACUGGCGAACUUGAUGACGCAUUUGACUUAUGGGGACAGUACUAAACAUAUAAACGACAUGUAUUACAUGGCUUUUCAAGAUGUGCUUGAUUACCGAGCGUUCGCUUUUUUUCAAAGAACGAUUCCUGAGAAUGCAAAUCAAGAGGUCGAUUCUGAACGAGAAAAUCUUGACGGGUUAACCGAGCAACUGCGAAGUAAACUGAGGAUAUUGCAAGAGGAGCCAGAACAUACACCCUUUGAACUAGUAUCUUAAAUCAUUCAAGUCAAAAUAUGAAUCACAACUCGACCUGCCAAAAAAUAAAUUAGAAAUCGUUCUUCGAAAUUGCAUUCU